AUGUUUAGUCUGGUAGCCGUAUCAAGUUUGGUGCUUCUCCUGCAUACAGUUACGGGACAGAUGCACUCCCAAAGACCAGGAAUGCAGUUCCCUCACACUUCAUCUGGACAGAUGAACCGACAAGCAUCGACAGGUAUGCAGACUGUGCGGAGUUUGGGGGCCUGUUCCUGCCAAAUUCGCUGCUGUCCUGAUCAUACCUCCCCACGGAGACUCCCUCCCUAUACAAAUCUCCCACAUAUUUAUUCCAGCAACUGUUGUGGAUGCGUUUACUGUCCAUCCUUUAUUGGACCCGGUCCUUUCUUUCCAAUGGGAUGGCCAAUGCUUACUCCAUUGUCGUCUAUUCAAAUGGCUAUGGCAACGGCAAAUGAACCUCCAGAGGCACCGGAUGCGCCAGAUACUCCGGAUGUUCCAGACGCUCCUGAACUGGAGGGUCCGGAAGUGGCCGAUCCUCCAGAAUUAGAGGGCCAAGAAAUAGAAGGAGACGAAGAAAUAGAAGGAGAAAACGUCGAAACUUAACCUGGUUAUUCAAUCAACCACUGAAAUUAAAACUUUCAUUUCAAACGAGCAGCUAGCUAUUGAGUGGUGCUUAAGCGAGCGUGGUACAAUACAUACUGUAGUGACAAUUUUUAA